AAGAAGACCAAAAAUGAGAAAACGGAGAAAAAUCACAACUCCAGUGGCUUUCUAGUAAUUUAACGGCUUCCAUUGUCUGAUUCUGGAUUUUUAUUUGAUUCCCCAAAAUAUCUAAGAGCUAACACACCGAACACCCAAAAAUCACAACCCAGCAAAAAGAUCUUCUUCUUCUUCACACACAGAAGCAGAGAAAAAAGAUGGGUGUGGAAGAAAGCGAGGGAGAGGAGGAGGAGGAAUUGUUCGGAAGGGGAACCGGAAAACGGCUGAAAUGCAUUUCUCAUGACCUGAAUCGUAGACCGCCGGAAGAGGAUGAGGACGAUGACUAUGAUUUGGAUGAGGAGACUGGCCGGAAAGAUGCUUCUGGAUAUUAUGUACCCGCCGCCGGUGAGAAAUUAUCGUAUCCCAUUAUGACGCCGUCUUCGAUCGUUGUUUCUGAUGCUUUAGAAGCCGAUUUCCCCAUCAUUUAUGUCAAUACUGUCUUCGAAAUUUCAACUGGAUUUCGGGCUGAUGAAGUCCUUGGUCGAAAUUGUCGAUUUCUGCAGUUUAGAGACCCUCGUGCUCAAAGGAGGCAUCCUUCAGUUGACCCUGUUGUUGUCUCGGAGAUCAGAAGAUGUCUGGAGGAAGGCAUUGAAUUCCAAGGAGAACUGCUCAAUUUUAGGAAGGAUGGCACUCCUCUUGUCAAUAGGUUGAGACUUGCACCUAUUCACAGUGAUGAUGGUACAGUUACACAUGUCAUAGGAAUACAAACGUUUUCUGAAGCGAGAAUAGAUUUCAACUCUGUAUCAUAUCCUGUUUUCAAAGAAACUUGUCCACGUCAGUAUGAUGAGACAGGUGAUUCAGCACUGAACAGUGGGCAGUAUCAAUAUGCUCAGCAGCAAGAGACAUGCAUGAUUCUUCAGCUUUCUGAUGAAGUGCUGGCUCAAAACAUAUUAUCACGCUUGACACCCAGGGAUGUCGCGUCAAUCGGAUCUGUCUGUAGAAGAAUUCGACAAUUAACUAAAAAUGAGCACUUAAGGAAAAUGGUUUGCCAAAAUGCAUGGGGAAGAGAUGUCACUGGUGCACUGGAACUGAUGACAAAGAAGCUAGGGUGGGGACGCCUUGCUAGGGAGCUGACUACUCUUGAAGCUGUUUGCUGGAAAAAGGUGACAGUUGGAGGUUCAGUUGAGCCUUCACGAUGUAAUUUCAGUGCAUGUGCUGCAGGAAAUCGACUAGUCCUCUUUGGUGGUGAAGGAGUCAAUAUGCAGCCAAUGGAUGACACCUUUGUUCUCAAUCUUGAUGCCGCCAACCCAGAAUGGCGUCGAGUGAGCGUGAAGUCUUCUCCACCAGGACGAUGGGGCCAUACACUUUCAUGCUUGAAUGGUUCCUGGUUGGUAGUAUUUGGUGGAUGUGGGAGGCAAGGGCUGCUUAAUGAUGUUUUUGUCCUUGAUUUAGAUGCCAAACACCCAACAUGGAAAGAAGUCUCUGGUGGAACUCCACCACUCCCUAGAUCUUGGCACAGCUCCUGCACGUUAGAAGGCUCAAAGUUAGUUGUCUCUGGUGGAUGCACUGAUGCUGGUGUAUUACUCAGUGAUACCUACUUACUGGAUCUUACUACAGACAAGCCCACAUGGAGAGAGAUUCCAACUUCAUGGUCACCUCCAUCGAGACUGGGGCACUCCUUGUCAGUGUAUGGGAAGACUAAAAUUCUUAUGUUUGGAGGGCUUGCAAAGAGUGGGCACUUACGCCUGCGGUCAGGUGAGGCGUAUACAAUAGAUUUGGAUGAUGAGAAACCAUUGUGGAGGCAGCUUGAGUGUGGUGCAUUCACUGGCGUAGCAAGUCAAAAUGCGAUCGUUCCUCCUCCUAGACUGGAUCAUGUUGCAGUAAGCAUGCCUUGUGGGAGGAUUAUCAUUUUUGGUGGUUCCAUAGCCGGGUUGCAUUCUCCAUCACAGCUUUUCUUAUUAGAUCCUGCUGAAGAAAAACCCUCCUGGAGAAUACUCAAUGUACCUGGACAGCCACCAAAAUUUGCUUGGGGCCACAGUACAUGUGUGGUUGGAGGCACCCGAGUUUUGGUCCUUGGUGGGCACACCGGGGAAGAGUGGAUACUGAAUGAAUUGUAUGAGCUGUGCUUAGCCAGCAGACAAGAUUCCGAUCAAUAACUCAAAAGUUGCAAGUGAAUUCUGCAACAGGUUUUCUACUCCCCUGGUCUUAUUUAUAUGACUCUAGAUUAUUCAGAAGCUCAAUGGAUGUAGGACUGACACGUGAUCUCUGUAUAUAUUCUUUCUUGAUGCGCUGUUUGUAGUCCGAAGGUUUUGUCUUAAAACAACUUAUUGUGCUUUAUCUAGUAUCUCUAAGAUAAUGUUGUGUUCAUGUUAUUUUGUUUUAUUUGUAGUCCAUGUUUCCUAGUCUCCUUUGAUGAGAAUGUGUGUGUUUUGAUAGAAUACAAGGAAGAUAGUGUCGGUUGUUAGUAUUCGUUCAUCCCCUUUGAUGGAUAAAUAGUUUUGGUAUGACUUUGUAGUUUGUUUUUUGUUUGUCUCCUCCGACGAGAACUUCUGUUUUGGUAGUGUACACUUGCAUUUUUGUCAAUUUUUUUUCAAGAAAAUGUUGAUAUACAUCAGUUUGAAUCUCAUGGAGGUUUCACCCUCAAAGUCAAAUGCAGCAGCUACUUUGAUCCUCUUUUUCAAAUGCUAUGUUGGCAUAAUUGUUGCUGUUGGACAUGGGCUCUGCAAUUAGGAAAUUAAUAACUUAAAUUUUACUCCCGGUUACAGUAAAACUCAGGCGACAUAAAUUUCUUAUGACCUGUAAGUGACCGCUUAGGAUCACCUUAUUGUAACCCGACUCGAUGGUUUUGAAAAAAUAUCGCCUAAACAUUGGGAUUUCAUCCAUGAAUAUGUAUUACUUUUCAAAUUCAAUAAAAACAUAUUGUAAUAGUUAGACGAUGUACUUAUUAUAAUAGUAUAUAUCUUUGGCACUCAUCAUCAGAC